AUGCAUGACGCCUCCAUCGUGACUCUGUAUAAGAACAAGGGCAACCGCAGCGUCUGCAACAAUUAUAGAGGGAUCUCACUGCUCAGCAUAGUCGGAAAGGUGUUUGCUCGAAUCCUUCUCACCAGGCUCCAGACACUGGCUGCACGAGUUUGUCCAGAAUCCCAGUGUGGCUUCAGGGCAGGACGGUCGACUACAGACAUGAUCUUUUCAGUGCGCCAGCUUCAAGAGAAGUGCAGAGAGCAGGGCAGACCACUGUAUCUGGCAUUCAUAGACCUGUCCAAGGGUUUUGACUUCGUCAGCAAGAAAGGCCUGUUUCGUCUCCUGGAGAAGAUUGGAUGCCCCCUCAGUUGCGCAGCAUGGUGGUUUCUUUCCACAAGGACAUGA